CGAGCUGGAGCCCGAGGCGACGGGAGCCGAACGGGAGCCGCCGAAGCCACCGCCGGGUGCCCAGCGCCGCCGCCGCCCCCGAGCUGCCCCGCGCGCCUGCCCGCGGGCGGCUGGUGGGCAGCGGGCGCCAUGGCCGCUCCGGAGCCGCUGCGGCCGCGCCUGUGCCGCCUGGUGCGCGGAGAGCAGGGCUACGGCUUCCACCUGCACGGCGAGAAGGGCCGCCGCGGGCAGUUCAUCCGGCGCGUGGAGCCCGGUUCCCCCGCCGAGGCCGCCGCGCUGCGCGCUGGGGACCGCCUGGUCGAGGUCAACGGCGUCAACGUGGAGGGCGAGACGCACCACCAGGUGGUGCAGAGGAUCAAGGCUGUGGAGGGGCAGACCCGGUUGCUGGUGGUGGACCAGGAGACAGAUGAGGAGCUCCGCCGGCGGCAGCUGACCUGCACCGAGGAGAUGGCCCAGCGAGGGCUCCCGCCCGCCCACGACCCCUGGGAGCCGAAGCCAGACUGGGCACACAUGGGUGGCCGCAGCUCCGGUGCUGGCAAGAAGGAUGUCAGUGGGCCCCCGAGCGAGCUGCGCCCUCGGCUCUGCCACCUGCGGAAGGGACCUCAGGGCUAUGGAUUCAACCUGCAUAGUGACAAGUCCCGGCCCGGCCAGUACAUCCGCUCGGUGGACCUGGGCUCACCUGCCGCCCGCUCUGGCCUCCGUGCCCAGGACCGGCUUAUUGAGGUGAACGGGCGGAAUGUGGAGGGGCUGCGCCACGCUGAGGUGGUGGCCAGCAUCAAGGCACGGGAGGAUGAGGCCCGGCUGCUGGUGGUGGACCCCGAGACAGAUGAGCACUUCAAGCGGCUUCGGGUCACACCCACCGAGGAGCAUGUGGAAGGUCCUCUGCCAUCACCCGUGACCAACGGAACCAGCCCUGUCCAGCUCAAUGGUGGCUCUGCGUGCUCGUCCCGAAGUGACCUUCCCGGUUCUGACAAGGACACUGAGGAUGGCAGUGCCUGGAAGCGAGACCCCUUCCAGGAGAGCGGCCUCCACCUGAGCCCCACGGCGGCCGAGGCCAAGGAGAAGGCUCGAGCCACGCGGGUCAACAAGCGCGCGCCGCAGAUGGACUGGAACAGGAAGCGCGAAAUCUUCAGCAACUUCUGAGCCCCUUCCUGCCUGUCUCGGGGCCCUGGGACCCCUCCUGCACGGACCUUGGGCCUCAGCCUGCCCCGAGCUCCCCAAGCCUCAGUGGACUGGAGGGUGGUCCUGCCACUGCCCAGAAAUCAGCCCCAGCCCCCGGGAGCCCCCAUCCUGCCCCUGCCUGCCAGGUACUGGGGGCCUGUGGCAGCAAGAUGGGGGGAGAGAGACCCAGAGAUGUGAGAGAGAGACAGGACAGAGACAGAGAGAGAAAGAGAGAGAGACAGAGAGAGAGAGCGCGUGCGCGAGAGCGGCGGCAGCGCGGGGUGAGGGCCUUUGCUGCUCUGCCGGGGCCUGCUGACUGAAAGGAAUUUGUGUUUUUGCUUUUUUCCAAAAAGAUCUCCAGCUCCACACAUGUUUCCACUUAAUACCAGAGCCCCCCCACCCCCCCAACUUCCCCUCCCCCUUGGGACGCCCCCCAAAUAAUUGCCAUAAAACAAACCCUUCUCUGCAAACCAUUUCCUCCCCACCCCCUCCCCUUAGCAGCAGCCUUCCUGAGUGGGAGUCCCUAGGACUUCCCAGUGGCCAAGCUGGGGCCCCCAGCCUGUUUGUGGGGACCUCGGGUAAGGCCAGGGAGGCCUGAUGUGGCCACACCCGCCCUGGUGUGGGGGGUCCCUAGGCCAGGCCCUGCUCCCCACCCAGCUACCCUGUGCGCCUGUGCCCUGCUGGGGGUCUGAAGUGCAGGGCCUGGGUUCUCCGAGGGGCCCGAGGAUGGAGGCCCCAUGUCCCCGAGGAGGGUGGCCUCUGGACAGGCCCCUCAUUCCGCACGGCAGCUCCCAGGCCUGGGGAACAUAGGUGUGUGAGAGCAGCACCCAGGAAGGACGCCUGGCCUCUGGCUCAGCCCUGCCUGGCGGGCUCCCCCGUGGACACCCGGUUGACUUUGCUCUUCCCUCCCGGGCCCCGCACCCCUGAGCCGACCACUGAUCCACUGGCACCUGGCACCGCUGUUGCCUCGUUAAGCCAUAGCGCAUGCGCGCUCUCAGAAUAAACAGGCCCUGCCUGGGA